CGUUCUUCUGCCGGCUACAAGAAGGCAGAGGAUGAGAUGUCCCGGGCUACGUCUGUUGGAGAUCAGCCGGAGGCACCGGCCCGCACCAUUUCCCUCAACCAACCGCAACUCAACAAAUUCCGCGACAACCAGAUCAGUACGGCCAAGUACAGCGUGUUGACAUUUCUACCUCGAUUCUUGUAUGAGCAGAUUAGAAGAGCUGCUAAUGCCUUCUUCCUCUUCAUUGCCUUAUUACAGCAAAUUCCAGAUGUGUCUCCCACAGGAAGAUACACCACCCUGGUGCCAUUGAUUAUUAUCCUAACAAUUGCAGGCAUCAAAGAGAUUGUAGAAGAUUUUAAACGACAUAAGGCAGACAAUGCAGUUAAUAAGAAGAAAACAAUAGUGUUAAGAAAUGGUAUGUGGCACACCAUUGUAUGGAAAGAGGUGGCAGUGGGAGACAUCGUGAAGGUCCUUAAUGGCCAGUAUCUUCCAGCUGACAUGGUCCUGUUCUCCUCCAGUGAACCUCAGGCAAUGUGCUAUGUUGAAACAGCUAAUCUAGAUGGGGAAACCAACCUUAAAAUACGUCAGGGUUUGAGUCACACUGCUGACAUGCAGACUCGAGAAGUGCUGAUGAAACUGGCUGGAACUAUAGAAUGUGAAGGGCCCAAUCGCCACCUCUAUGACUUCACUGGGACCUUGCAUUUGGAUGGGAAAAGCCCUGUUGCCCUUGGGCCUGACCAGAUCUUAUUAAGAGGUACACAACUUAGAAAUACUCAGUGGGUCUUUGGCAUUGUUGUUUAUACUGGACAUGACACCAAACUCAUGCAGAAUUCUACCAAAGCACCUCUCAAAAGAUCAAAUGUUGAGAAAGUAACCAACGUGCAAAUCCUGGUAUUGUUUGGCAUCCUCUUGGUCAUGGCCUUGGUGAGCUCUGUGGGAGCCCUGUACUGGAAUGGGUCUCAUGAUGGCAAGAACUGGUAUAUCCAGAAGAUGGACACAAGCUCGGAUAAUUUUGGCUACAAUCUGUUGACGUUCAUCAUCUUAUACAACAAUCUCAUUCCCAUCAGUCUGCUGGUGACUCUUGAGGUUGUGAAAUACACUCAAGCCCUCUUUAUAAACUGGGACACAGAUAUGUAUUACAUAGGAAAUGACACUCCUGCAAUGGCAAGGACAUCAAACCUUAAUGAAGAGCUUGGGCAGGUAAAAUAUCUGUUUUCUGACAAGACUGGAACUCUGACAUGCAACAUCAUGAACUUCAAGAAAUGCAGCAUUGCUGGGGUAACCUAUGGUCACUUCCCAGAACUGACACGAGAGCCAUCCUCAGAUGAUUUUUCUCGAAUGCCUCCACCCCCUAGUGAUUCCUGUGACUUUGAUGAUCCCAGGCUGUUGAAGAACAUUGAAGAUCAACAUCCCACAGCCCCUUGCAUUCAGGAGUUCCUCACCUUGCUGGCUGUGUGCCACACUGUGGUUCCUGAGAAGGAUGGAGACGAUAUCAUCUACCAGGCCUCUUCUCCAGAUGAGGCUGCUUUGGUGAAAGGAGCUAAGAAGUUGGGCUUUGUCUUCACAGGCAGAACGCCAUAUUCGGUCAUCAUAGAAGCGAUGGGACAGGAGCAGACAUUUGGAAUCCUUAAUGUUUUGGAAUUUUCCAGUCUUAUCAGUAGAGGGAAAUUAUUGGUAAACUAUUUCGUGAGGCUAUGUCAAGAAAAUGCUUAUAAGCUAGGAGCUGUGAUCACGCCUGAUAACGUCAUUUUUGAAAGACUUUCAAAAGACUCAAAGUACAUGGAGGAAACAUUGUGCCAUCUGGAGUAUUUUGCCACAGAAGGCUUGCGGACUCUUUGUGUGGCCUAUGCUGAUCUCUCUGAGAAUGAGUAUGAGGAGUGGCUGAAAGUCUACCAGGAAGCCAGCAUCAUACUGAAAGACAGAGCUCAGCGCUUGGAAGAGUGUUAUGAGAUCAUUGAGAAGAAUUUACUAUUACUUGGAGCUACAGCCAUAGAAGAUCGCCUUCAGGCCGGCGUUCCAGAAACCAUUGCUACAUUGCUGAAAGCAGAAAUUAAAAUAUGGGUAUUGACAGGAGACAAACAAGAAACUGCAAUUAAUAUAGGAUAUUCCUGCCGAUUGGUAUCACAGAAUAUGGCUCUUAUCCUACUGAAGGAGGAUUCCUUGGAUGCAACCAGGGCAGCCAUCACUCAGCACUGCACAGAUCUUGGCAAUUUGCUAGGCAAAGAGAAUGACAUAGCACUCAUCAUCGAUGGUCAUACGCUGAAGUAUGCUCUGUCUUUCGAAGUCAGGAGAAGCUUCCUGGACUUGGCACUCUCAUGCAAAGCAGUCAUAUGCUGCAGAGUGUCUCCUCUGCAAAAGUCUGAGAUAGUGGAUGUGGUGAAGAAGCGGGUAAAGGCCAUCACUCUCGCCAUUGGAGAUGGUGCCAAUGAUGUCGGGAUGAUCCAAACAGCCCAUGUGGGUGUAGGGAUCAGCGGCAAUGAGGGCAUGCAGGCCACCAACAACUCGGAUUACGCCAUUGCACAGUUUUCCUACCUGGAGAAACUUCUUUUGGUCCAUGGAGCCUGGAGCUACAACCGGGUGACCAAGUGCAUACUAUACUGUUUCUAUAAGAAUGUGGUCCUCUACAUCAUUGAGCUUUGGUUCGCCUUUGUUAAUGGAUUUUCUGGGCAGAUUUUGUUUGAGCGUUGGUGCAUCGGCUUGUACAAUGUGAUCUUCACUGCAUUGCCACCCUUCACAUUGGGAAUUUUUGAGAGGUCUUGUACUCAAGAGAGCAUGCUCAGGUUCCCACAGCUCUACAAAAUAACUCAGAAUGCUGAAGGCUUCAACACAAAGGUUUUCUGGGGUCACUGCAUCAAUGCCUUGGUCCACUCCCUCAUCCUCUUCUGGUUUCCAAUGAAAGCGCUGGAACACGACACUCCAUUGGCCAGUGGUCACGCCACAGACUACCUAUUUGUUGGAAAUAUUGUUUACACGUAUGUUGUGGUCACAGUUUGUCUAAAGGCUGGUUUGGAGACAACAGCUUGGACGAAAUUCAGUCACCUGGCAGUGUGGGGAAGCAUGUUGAUCUGGCUGGUGUUUUUUGGUGUCUACUCAACUAUCUGGCCUACUAUUCCCAUUGCUCCAGACAUGAAAGGACAGGCAACUAUGGUCCUAAGCUCUGCACACUUCUGGUUGGGAUUAUUUCUGGUUCCUACUGCAUGUCUGUUGGAAGAUGUGGCAUGGAGAGCAGCCAAGCACACUUGCAAGAAGACAUUGCUGGAGGAAGUGCAGGAGCUGGAAACCAAGUCCAGAGUGAUGGGAAGAGCAAUGCUACGGGACAGCAAUGGGAAGAGGAUGAAUGAGAGAGACCGCCUGCUAAAGAGGCUCAGCAGGAAGACACCUCCAACCCUUUUCCGUGGUGGUUCCAUCCAGCAGUGUGUCUCACAUGGAUACGCCUUUUCUCAAGAAGAGCAUGGAGCUGUAACUCAGGAAGAAAUAGUCCGGGCUUACGAUACCACCAAAAAGAAAUCAAGGAAGAAAUAA